CUCUAGCGAUAGACCAGACUUGUUUGCUGACAUCCCAAGACCUGAGCAAACACCUCCCCUUCUACCCCUAGCAAUGCGGCUGCAUUUCUAAGCUCUGUUCAUUGACAGAUCUUCCUAACCAGUCCUCAAGGUUCACCCCUGGGUCAGAAGCAGGCAAGCGGCCAUGGCUGCUGCGAAUCCAGCACAACAGCUCCUAGGUGAACUGACUUGUUCAGUGUGUCGAGAUUAUUUUAAAGAUCCAGUGUCUCUAGAUUGUGGGCACCAUUUCUGCCAGGGCUGCAUCACUCAGUGCUGGGAGGGAUUGAGUACAGACUUCCGCUGUCCUGAGUGCAGAGAAACCUUCUCCUGGAGAAACUUCAAACCAAACAGACAGCUGAGGAAUAUUGUAGAAGCUUCCAGAAAACUGACCCUGGAGCCAGCAAAAGAACCAGAAGUUGGGACAGUGUGUGAAAAACACCAGAGGGCUUUAGACGUCUUCUGCCAAAAGGAUCAAACACCCAUUUGUGUGGUUUGCCACCUGUCCCGAGAUCACAAAGGACACCCUGUAGUUCUCAUAGAGGAGGCUGCUGAGGAUUACAAGAAACAAAUUCGGAGCCGUUUGGAGAUUUUGAAGAAAGAGAGAGAGGAGAUUCUGACAUUUAAACUGAGUGGGGAAGAUAAAAGCCAGAAACUGCUGAAACAGCUAGAAACUGAGAAGCAGAAGAUUGUGUCUGAAUUUCAGCAACUGCACCAGUUUUUGGAGGAACAAGAGCGACUCCUGCUGGCCCAGCUGGAAGAGCUGAAGAAGGAAAUUGAAAAGACGGGGACUAAGUAUGUUGCCAAAUUGUCUGAGGAACUCUCCUCUUUCAGUUCCCUGAUCGGUGAGAUAGAGCAGAAGUGCCAGCAGCCAGCGAGGGAAUUCCUGCAGGACAUCAAAGGCACCUUGAGCAGAUACGAGAGGGAGAAGUUUCAGAACCCAGUGGCCUUUUCUUCUGAACUGAAAUGGAGAAUCGGGAAAUCUUCUCAAAACUCUGCAGUUCUGGAGACCAUAGUGAAGAAAUUCAAAGACUCACUCUCGUCCAGACAGCGGUUGGACAAAGCGAACGUGACUCUGGAUCCAGACACGGCCAGUCCCUACCUCAUCCUGUCUGCGGAUCGGAAAAGUGUGAGAUGGGUAGACACAUGGCAGGUCCUGCCCGACAACCCUGAGAGAUUUGACACUUGGACCUGUGUGCUGGGCUGUGAGGGAUUCACCUCGGGCCGACACUACUGGGAGGUGGAGGUGGAGGAGGAGGGGGGAGUCUGGGCUGUGGGGGUGGCCAGAGAGUCUGUGAACAGGAAGGGAUGGAUCCGCUUUACCCCUGAGCGGGGGAUCUGGGCUGUGCUAUGCAGUGAGGAUCAGUACUGGGCUCUCACGUCCCCUGAGCAGAGCAUCCCCUUCCCCCCAAGCUCAGCACCCCGCAAGAUCCGGGUGUAUCUGGACUAUGAACAGGGCCAGGUGGCGUUUUUCGAUGCUGGUACCGGGGACCCGAUCGUCACUUUCCCGCCGGCCUCUUUCGCCGGGGAGAGAAUCCGCCCGAUCUUCCUGGUUGUUGAUUGUAGUGGGGUUGGUGUUAGUGUGCGGCUCCUCUAGCCCCUACCCCCCGAUCUCUAUGACCCUGGAGGACUCAGCCCCCCCCCCUCCGCUCCUGGGCUGAAGGGGGGUGAUGGUCUACCCGGAGCUCUAUGGCUGUGGAGGUCUGUGUGAGGCGCUCUAGGAUCAGUCUCUGUGCUCCUGGGAGGCCAACUCUGUGUGGAGUGGGGGGGUCCCACCAAGGAAGGAGGGAGCCCCCCUGUGGGAGGGACCCAGACGAGCACCAGGGAGAGACCCCUCAACUCGGGGGGAGGGGAGAGCAGGGGGGGAGCCUGGCUGAAGAGGGGGCUGGAGGGAGGGGACAGCCCAGAGGGCAAACCAGGCGCCAGGCGGGGGAGGUUCCCAGGAGACCAGGGGCAGGUGUCGCAGGGGAAGCAGAGCUGGGCAGGGAGGACCCAGCUGCACAGACAACGUCCUGCCCCUUGGCUUGGGGUGCACAGAGGCUGGGGACCCGUCGGGCCCCCCAGGGUUCCCCCAAUCAGAGCCCAGGACAGGAGUCCUCUGCUCCCCUUCAGCGGCUCUUCCAGCUGCGUUAGCAGGACACUGGGUGGGGGGUUCGGACUGACGAGCUCCUAAGCGCCCUGGGGGCAGCGUUUGAGUCUCGCCAACUCUUGAGAACAGGCCACUUCCACCUUAAUUGAAUUGGCUCGUUAGCACUGAGCCCCCACUCGGUCCGGCAGCUCCCCUCUGUUCACGUGCCGUGUGUUUAUACCUCCCCCCUGUAUGUUCCACUCCCUGCAGCCGAUGAAGGGGGUUUAGCCACGAAAGCUUCUGCCCAAUAAACGUGUUGGUCUCUAAGGUGCCACAAGGACUCCGCGCUGUUUUUCCUGGGACACACUAACACGGCGACCGCUCUGAACCCCUCUGAGAUCUGUGGUUCCUGACACACGGGAGGAU